CACUUUCCACCUUUCACUGACUACCACACCCCCAAAGAACCCAAUGUGGGAGGCCUUAUGGGUCGACACGUGUCAUACAAUGCACGAACAAUCUAGACCCCAAUUCUUGUACUCCUACUUUCUCGGAACACAGACAGAUUAUCCACCUCUCUUAGGAGACCAACCAAACAUGGAAAACCAGUCUUCAAUUCUCAACAAAAUCAACCUCAUUUCAUUUUCUCUUUCCUUUUCUUCUCUGCCCACUUUCAAUCUCAUUUACGGACCUCUCUGUCCCUUUCCUCAGUUUCUUCCCGUGAUUGUCGAGUUAAUGUUUGGCAAUUCAAGUGUUUGUAGAAAGGUUCUUCUGUCUUCUGAAGGCCAGGGGAUAGAAAAAGGCAACUCAGUCUGAGUAUUUGGGCAAGUUUAUUUAAUUGGACUAAACUGAGUUGGGGUCAAGCUACCAGUUAAGGACUAGAAGGGGAAGAAUUGUUGACAUGGUUUCUUCAUGUGCAACGGGCAUUGGCGGACAGAAGGGGCGACAGAGGAGGGCCACCGACCCCCUAAAGCUCAAAAUUUUUCCAUUAGUAUCAGUAAAAUCAUCCUUUCAUGAUGUCCCAAGCAAGCAUUCCAUGAAGAAAUUUACAAUGGACCACCAAGCAAAGGGGUAUGGGAGACCUAACAACACAACUGUACCUAUUAGUAGUAAUGUUUUUGAACCUACGACAAGUAGUAAUGGUGAGGUUGAAGGUAAACAACGGGUGGUUUUGAUAGAGUGGUUAAACAGCAUCAUUUCCAAUUUAAGUUUGCCAACAAAUGCUUCAGACGAAGAACUUAGAGCUUGUUUGAGUGAUGGUACUGUUUUAUGCCGGAUUUUGAACAGGCUGAGGCCAGGUUCUGUGAUUGAGGGUGGAGGCUCUAACCACCCUUCAGAAUCACGCUCAGAUAAUGUAAAAAGGUUUUUGGCAGCUAUGGAUGAAAUGAAAUUGCCCAGGUUUCAAAUAUCAGACUUAGAGAAGGGAUCUAUGAAAAUUGUUUUGGAAUGCCUUUUCACGCUUAGAGCUCAAUUCAUGCCACAUGUUGGUGGAUCCAAUGUUCCAAACUCUAGCUCACCCAAAAAAUCUGGAGUUGAUGCUAGUACAAGAUGGAAACUUUUAGGACAAACACUUGGAGGCGGUGAUGGUUCUCGAGGGGAAUUAUCUCCUCGAGCAAAUCCUUCAGUGUUUUAUGGAGAAGAGAGAAGAAAGACUGCAUCUGACUCAAAGUUUCAACGUGCUUUGCGUAGUCAUGUCAUGGCAGAGCCAUCAGCUGCAUUAAUACAUCAUGUUGGACAUAAGUUCCACGAAGUUUUUCAGCUGAAACAAGGAUCCUACGCAGAUCUUCCUGCAGCAAAGAUUACGGAAAUGAUGAGAACAAACAGUUUGGAUAACGCCCCGACUCAGUCGCUCUUGAGUGUUGUGAAUGGGAUUCUAGAUGAAAGCAUUGAAAGGAAGAAUGGGGAAAUACCUCAUCGUGUGGCAUGCCUAUUGAGAAAAGUUGUGCAGGAGAUUGAGAGGCGUAUAUCUACUCAAGCAGAACAUUUGAGAACUCAAAGCAAUCUUUUCAAGGCUCGGGAGGAGAAAUAUCAAUCAAGAAUUAGAGUACUUGAAGCCCUUGCAACUGGGACUAGUGAAGAGACACAGGUUGCCAUGAACCAGCUCCAGCAGACAAAGACUGAUAAGACCAAAAUGGAGGAAAAAAAGAAAGUUGAGGAACAAGAUAUGGUCAGAUUGACAAAAGAGAAGGAACAAAUUAAUAAUGAAAUUUUGACAUUGAAACAAGAACUGGAAAUGGCUAGGAAAGCAAAUGAAGAGAGCUGCAUAAAAAUGGAAACAGAAGCUAAGGGAAAUCAACGAGAGCUUGAGAAGAGGUUGACGGAAGUUAUGCACCUCCUAACGGAAUCCAGGAAAAGGGUUAAAGAGCUUGAAACGAAUCACGAGUCAAAAAGUCAGCAAUGGAACAAGAAAGAGCACAUCUACCAAAUAUUUACAGAAUUCCAGCUUGGUGCAUUGCGGGAAUUGAAGUUUUCGUCUCAGUCCAUCAAGCAAGAAAUUUCGAGAACACAAAAGAGCUAUUCAGAUGAAUUCAAUCGCUUAGGAAUAAAGCUUAAAGCUUUAGCAGAUGCGGCAGAAAAUUCUAAUGCAGUCCUUGCUGAAAAUAGGAAACUGCAUAAUGAGGUUCAAGAGUUAAAAGGAAAUAUUAGAGUUUAUUGCCGGAUAAGGCCAUUUCUUCCUGGACAGACGGGGAAGCAAUCAAUCGUAGAAUACAUCGGUGAUAAUGGGGAGCUGGGUGUUGCAAACCCUUCCAAACAAGGAAAAGAUGCUCAGAAAUUGUUCAAGUUUAACAAGGUCUAUGGUCCAAUGGCAGCUCAAGCUGAAGUAUAUUCUCACAUCCAACCAUUGAUACGAUCUGUUCUUGAUGGGUACAAUGUAUGUAUAUUUGCCUAUGGUCAAACUGGUUCAGGGAAAACGUACACGAUGACUGGGCCUGAUGGAGGAUCUGAAGAGGAAUGGGGGGUAAACUAUCGAGCUCUAAAUGAUCUCUUCCAGAUUUCUCAAAAUAGAAGUCGCGUCUUUAUGUAUGAAGUUAAUGUUCAAAUGGUUGAAAUAUAUAACGAACAAGUGCGCGAUUUACUAUCAAAUGACGGUUCUCAAAAAAAACUUGGGAUUUUGUCUACCUCCCAACCCAAUGGGUUAGCUGUCCCUGAUGCUUGUAUGCAAAUGGUCAAAUCAACCUCAGACGUAGUGGAAUUAAUGGAAACUGGAUUGAGGAAUAGAGCUAAAGGCGCCACUGCCAUGAAUGAAAGAAGCAGUCGAUCACACAGUGUUGUCACUAUUCAUGUUCGUGGGACGGAUACGAAGACAGGUGCUUCUUUGCGAGGUAGUCUUCAUUUGGUUGAUCUCGCUGGAAGUGAAAGAGUAGAUCGCUCUGAGGUAACCGGAGAUAGACUUAAGGAAGCUCAAUAUAUAAACAAAUCUUUAUCUGCCCUUGGAGAUGUCGUUUUUGCUUUGGCACAAAAGAGUAGUCAUAUUCCAUACAGAAACAGCAAGCUCACUCAAGUCCUUCAAAGCGCUCUAGGUGGUCAUGCAAAGACCCUAAUGUUCGUGCAGCUUAAUCCCGAGUUAAAUUCAUAUUCUGAAACUGUAAGUACCUUGAAGUUUGCUGAGAGGGUCUCUGGAGUAGAGUUAGGCACCGCACGAAGCAGCAAAGAGGGUAGGGAUGUUAGGGAUUUAAUGGAUCAGGUGGCGUCUCUCAAAGAUACAAUUGCAAAAAAAGAUGAGGAGAUUGAGCGGCUGCAACUGCUUAAAGAUCUCAAAAAUGUGUUCCCAGGUGUCAAUGGCGAGAAGCGUGCUACAAGCUCAAUUAGAACAACCUCUGUGGCAAUCAAAACCGGCUGGAGGAAAGAUAGCUCAGAAUUUUCUGCAGAUGCCGAGAUCUUAGAAUUCAGAAAGGCAGAAUAUGAGGAGAGAUAAGUGAUAUAUCUGAUUGUCAUCUUUCUGUGUAUACAGACACUAAUGUGGAAUCGAAUAUUUUUCCCCUACUGGUAUGAAAACCAUCAGAGAAAACAUACAAGUUCGGAAAAAUCUGCUAGUGGAAGCAAUUUAUCAGCCAAGCUUCUCAAAAGGUGGCACGAGGAUAAGUAAUUGCAAAUAUUGAACUUUAUUUUACAUCGUUUUUCUUGUGCAGUCGCAUGGAUUUUGCAUUAUCAUGUAGUUCGGUAUGUCUUGUUUUUUUAUUUUUUAUUUUUAAAAUAGAAAAUUGUAGUUAGGUUGCUUGUAUUUCUUGAUUAUCUUUGUUUUGGUUCCCACAUCAGGAAAUUUUGUGUUAUUUGGGUGUUAAAUUGAUAAAUAUUGAAACAGUAAUUAUACA